GCGACUCCAGCUCAUCGACCUCAAGCAAUUCGGCAGCUUCCCAACCAUCACACCCGAGCAAGCCCACGCCGAGGCUCAACCUCUGUCGAUCAUUCUAGGCGACGGGCCCCAGUUCACCGGCAAGAAGUCAUCGAAGACGACGACGACGAGCAAGGCCCCGGCAACCGCCCAAGAGAUCACCACCGAGGACACUACCGCCGCCGCAGACGGCACAUGUGACCGUAACAACCCAGCAGUCCGAUUCGAAUGGAGGAAUUACUCAGCUGACGACCGCAAGGCCUUCGUCAACGCCAUUAAGUGUCUAAUGGGCAAGCCGUCAUCGGGCAACUUCCAAGGCGCGCAAAACCGCUACGAGGACAUCGUCUCAGUGCACCAGCAACUAACACCGCAAAUCCACCAACGCGCCGUCUUCCUCGUCUGGCACCGGUACUACGUAUCCGUGUUCGAGUCCCUCAUGCGCGAGGAGUGCGGCUUCGACAGGGCGUUCCCGUGGUGGGACGAGACCCUCGACGCCGGCAAAUUCGCACAGUCCGACAUCUUCACAGACGCGUACUUCGGACCCUUACCGGCGAAGACGUCGGAUGGCCAGGGAACAUGCAUCCAAUCAGGCACCUUCGGCGGGACAACACUGCACGUCGGCCCCGGCAGCGGGUUCACAGACCACUGUCUCGCGCGCGCCGUAGACGAGAGUCUAACGGGGACCGUAACCUCCUCCUUCGUAUCGGACUGCAACUCGCGGACCUCCUACGACGACAUGCGGGGGUGUCAAGAACUCGGACCGCACGCGUACGGACACAACGGCGUCGGGGCCGUGAUGGCCGAAGUGCAGGCGUCUCCGGGCGACCCGAUAUUCUUCAUGCACCAUUUAUUCGUGGACCACUCGUUCCGCAUCUGGCAGAACGGCGACGCCUCGCGCACGCAGAGCAUCAACGGCUGCGCCGACGCGAAUAACCCGUGCACCCCCAUCACCAUGGACUACGUCCUCACCUCUAACGGGCUGCGGCCGAAUACUACUGUCUCCCAGGUCAUGGAUACCCUCGGCGGAUACCUGUGCUACCGAUACGAUUACUAGGCGAGCGAGCGCGUGGCUGUGGUGAGAGAUAUACAUAUUAGAUUUAGACGUUCCUUAUUUAUCGCGACGGUCAUCUCGGGUUUUCAUUUCGAUGAUGCCGUCCUACCUACUUACCUACCAACCUAACAUUCUCCGUACUUAUUACCUCUUAUUGGAUACAGGCGUUGGGGGCGGCAAGCGGCGGGGGGCUAUUAUUAGGGCGAGAAGAGCAAAAACAAAGGGCGGCUUUCGACCGCAUCUGACGACGAUACACCUUGAUAGAAAAGGGAGAGCCCAGGAGCAACAAUCCUUAUUUACGUAUUAAUUAUACCCAGCGGAAUUGUUUGGUACAUAGAGAAAGACGCUAUCAGUAUAUUUUCAAUUGAAGAAAAUUUCACUUCUUUUUAAA